GGGCCGGGCCGGGAUGGCGCUGGACGUGCGGCGCCUUGAGGGGCUGAGCCUGCAGGAGCUCAGCGCGCUGCUGGACGACGAGGAGCGGCUGCAGGACAUGGCCCGCGAGAUGGAGGAGGCCCAAAAUGUUCAGCACAGCAAGGACAUGACUCUUGCCAGCAACCGCAGUCUGGCAGAAGGCAACCUUUUGUACCAGCCAAAGUUGGAGUCUUUGAAAUCCAAUUUGACUGAGAAAUAUCAGGAGCUGCAAGUUCUUUUUGAAGCCUACCAGAUAAAGAAAACCAAACUAGACAGACAAUCCAGUAAUGCUUCCCUGGAGACACUGCUGGCACUGCUGCAGACAGAGGGGGCUAAGAUUGAGGAGGACACAGAGAAUAUGGCAGAAAAAUUUCUUGAUGGUGAAAUACCUCUGGAUGCCUUCAUCGACGAAUACCAGAGCAAGCGGAAACUGGCUCACCUGCGGCGGGUGAAAAUCGAGAAGCUCCAGGAAAUGGUGCUGAAGGGACAGAGACUUCCACAGGCCCAGCCCAGGGCACCUGAGCCAACACCAGCACCUCAAGAUUCCUUCCCUUCGGAUGCAAACGCUCCUCCUUCAAUCCUGCCCCGACGGAUACCACCCCCUCCACCUGCAGCCCCAGCAGGACGCUUCCCUACUCCCUUUACUGCAGCCAUGAGUUCAGGACCAGCUCUUUCUUAUCUAGGUGCUCCAUACCCUCCUCUUCCUCCUCGGCCAGGAGCUCAGUCUGCCAGUCAGAUUCCACAGCCAGGAUACCCAUCUCAGUUUGUACCACAGUGUCCUCCACCUCUCCCCCAAAGACCACCUCGCCUUCCACCACAUCCUGGCUUUAUCCUCCAGUGAAUACUCUGGUGCGCCUGACUUCGUAUUGGUGCUCAUCUUCCCUUUCCCUCCCCAUCAGAGACGUCGUGUAGGCAGUGGGAAGCCUCUGGGUUUUGCACAAGGGAGUAUGAAAUCCAAGCUGUGGCACAGAGGUUUGCAAUUACAUUUGGUAAACGUGAUUCUUUUUGUUUUCAAGUAUCAGUGACAGCAAGGUUGGUCUGGGAAGGUGGUAGGGUCUGAUUUUUUGCAAACCCAUCAAACUGUGGGACAGCGUAGAGUGGAUCUCCUGAUGUUACCGAUCAAAUCCCACUCGGAAUUCUUUAGCAAAUCAGCAUCCUCUUCUGCCCUGGUGGGUUCCCAUCACAUCUGUGUGUGGCAAACUGGGAGCUGUUUGUCUCUAAAGAAUUCUCAGGCAGUGCCAGUGUUCGGAUAGUCACAGCCAGAUCUGAACAUUGGGCAUAGGGCUGCAGUGGGUCCCACCAGCACCCUUUGCUGCGUGCCCAGGCAGGGUCAGUCCUGGCCAGUGCUCAACGUUGCCAGAGCUCACUGGGCUGAAACUCUUCUCAGAAAAUGUCCUGUGGUUUUUCCAACAGUUACAAGAGUUUGAUUUCUACAUUUCAGUUGUUUCCUUAAACUUUUCAUAGUAGAAGCACACACUGCUCCCACUCCUAAAUAGAUUGAUAUACUGAAAGUCCUGGUCUCUUGAAAUUAAACUGACUUGUAGGGCCAGUUUAGAAUUUUAUAGAAAUGUUACUAGGCAUUUCUAUUUCCUUGUCUAUUAAGACUCUUUCAUACAGUUGUUUUUUUUAAAUUUUCCACACCUUGGAUACAGCAGUGAUUUUUUUACACAGGUGCUUAGCUUUUGAUAUCAUGUGAUUCCAGCAAUCUAAGCAGGGUCUUUUCUUAAUCAAAUACUGGGUUUUCAUGUGAUUGCCCACUUGAAACUCCACGAUUUCAUCUGAACCCUCAAACUCAGUCUCUUGCUUGGCAGAGCUGUUUUUAACUUUCCCAUUUCCUUUAGUUUUGCAGGUUUUGGCAUGUGUUUCUCUCUGGAAUUUGUAGGUGAUGUCCCCCUGCAAGCAGGCGAAACAGAAAAGCUUCUUGAGCUCCAUGGUGGCUGUUUGCGUCUUGCAUAAUCCAUUCUUGACUUGCUUGUGCCACUGGAGGGGGAGCUCAAAUUUCAUUCUCAAUGUGACUCUUGAAGCCUAAGGUGCAGACACAUGCUGGCAUUUUAAUCUGGCAUUAGGGGAGGCAAAUCUUAAUACUCAUUGCUUGCACAGAAUGUGUCCAUAAAUUCGUUGCCGGUUUCUCACAUCCACCACUUCCGAUUAAUUCAUGGUAGUUUUAAGAAACUCACAGUCCAGAAUCUGCCAUAGCCCCUGGAUUAUUUUAAAACAUUUUCAUAUCAUUGUCCUGGAGUGCACUACAUUGUUGGGAAAUCUACAAACAGCUUCAGUCAGAAUAUCUUUUUCUUUACGUAAGGCCCUUGACUAUCCCUUAAUCAUUUCCUCUGGAGUGUGGCAGUUGCUAGCAAGUACUAAUCUGAAAUUAAACUCAUAACAGGAAGCUCUCUAUUCUAAAAAUGUGGUUAUUUGGCAUGUUUUGCCUUCUGAAGACAAAGGGCAGAAGGCUGGUCAGUGUUACUGGCAUCUGAACCAAUUCCCCAGUGCAAGUCUGGAAAGUUUCUAUAGAGGGAGGAUUUUGUGAAGCAACGUGCAUUGGAUUUGUUUGCAAAGUGUGUUGGUUUUUUUUCUGUAAUCUAGUGAUGGUACAGGAUGUGUUUGUUUUAUUUUUAAAAUAGUGUGAUAUCUUUCCUUGGUAUUAUUUUCUCACUGAAGCUUCAUAUAAGCAUGGUUAAUUAUGACUCGUUUCAAAGUAAUUUUGCUGUGCUGUUAGUGCUGAUGUUUGGAUGGCAACUGUUGUAUCUGGAUGCUAAACAUAAGUCUGCUGUAGGAAUGAUUUGUGUCCUAGAAGGAAUUAAAGUGGGUGUAGGCUACCAGGGUGGUGACUUGAGUACAGAAGUUCCUCCUUUGAGCCUGCUACACAAAAACUCUACAACACUCUCAAAUUAGUUUUGCUAACAUUUGAUAAAAACAACCAGGUAUAUUUUACACUUACCAAGUGCCAACUCUUUUCCCCGAGGGCUGAAAAUCCUCAGAAGUGAUGGAGGUGAUGGGUAAGUGUGUUGUGAAUUUGCACUGCAUUUUGUGUAUCUAACUUUAUUGGUAUUGGUAGCCUCAAAAUAUUUUUACUACUUGUUAAAUUUUCUGUCUUUUGGUAACUUUUGUGAUACCAUGACCUUUCAGGGAUCUUUUAUCUAAAACCAGACUCUUGUGCAAACUACAUACAGACAAAGCUAAUGCAAUGUUUCUGUCUGGAAGCAAAACAAUGCAUUAUUGCAUAUGCAUGUGGCUGAUGUGCCUUAGGAUCACUACUGGUGAUUGUAAUACUAGGAUAUUAGCAUUCUUACCAUUUGAAUGGCCAUUGCUUGACUCUAAUUUAAGGGCUCUUCAAGAGCACUUUUACAAAAAGCUCACCCUAAUAUUUCAGAAAAAAAAAAAAAAAGGCUGUCUGCUGUUUGUAAGAUUAUAUUUGCCUUCACUGAUGGGUAAGUUUGAACAUAGAUAAUGUAACUAAUGUGAUGUUUCAGUUAGAGCAGUCUCCUAACUGAAAUCCAGCUGCUCAUGAAAAGCAUUUUGCCAUUAAUUGUGUGUGUGUGCACACAAACUGUAAAUAUUUACUUGACUGCUGGUGAUGUUUAAAGGAGAAAGAGGACUGUGGAAAGCUGUUUCAAAUCCUGUCAGAAAGAAAUGUUACAAAACACUAACCUGAACGAGUUGGGCCAGAGUUGUGUUGGUGCUUUUGACCUGUUGCCCUUUGAUAGCUUCUUCUGUUCUUUUAUAGCUAAUAAAUAAAUUCUGCUCUGGCUAGGAUGUUUAGAAUCAUACUAAUUUGCACUGUUUAUAAGAUAGUGAGAUUAAAAUGCCAUAGGCAAGCUGAGACUUGAGAGGGGGUGACUCAGUAUGCUUGCCACUAUAUAUAUAUAUCUAUAUUAUUAUGUUGUCUGAGGGUUUGUAAUGUCUGCUGCAAAGAGCAUCUACUUCCCAAAAGCAAUUGGAGUGGAGGAAAAUCUUUUCAAAAGGAUGUGUAACAUGGCUUUAGAGCGUUGGCAGCAUUGAAAGUGCUCUCUUGGGAGGACAUGGCUUUGACCAGUCGUGUGUGCAGUUUUGUAAGUGGUGACUGACUCCAUCGCAGGCGGUUGGUUGGUUGAGGAUCAGCACUGACUGGCUCCAACUCAAGGAUGAGUUUCACUGCACUUCAGUGCUGUCUUCUAGAGGAAGCAGAAUUGGUUCCAGCACAGCUGCUCCACACAGGUCACCUUUGUACCAGUGACCCUGGAGGGACUAUACAGGAUAAAAGCUUUUUAGUGACUCCAGAAGGCAGAGCCUUGGGCGCAGCCUGGUCAUGGGUAACGGUUACGCUUGGUGCCCCAACUUCUGCAACCUCAACCUCGACCUCUUCUGGGACUUCUCUGCCCUCUCAAACUGGAAUAAUGACUUAGCUACAGCGCUCAAAUCAACAAUUCCUUUAGCCUGAGUAUAGAGCUACCUGGCAACCAUGGAGCUCAGAGGAGGUGGAGUCGUCCUGCACCUGAUCGGUUCCUCUGUGUAAUCCUGGACAGUCUAAGAAAGGGACAGUUUGAUGUGCCUAGCCAGUUGUGAAACGUACAGUGGAUUUGUUUGCAUAAUAAGUCUUUCUGUAAUCUACUGUGGUCUGAUUUUAAAUAAAAUAGCAUAUCUCUUGGUGUUA